UUAUAUUUAAUUUUUGCGUAUUUAUAAUUUAAACGAGCCUGUUUACAUCGGCUCUACUGGCUGCUGUGCUGCUCUAGAGGAACAAAUAAUGGCGACUUUGGACUCCGACGUGCCCAUGGUUCCAGUCGACGACGCAUCCAGCAAUGCUGCUUCGUCCUCCUCUUCCUCCUCCAAGAAGCCCAAACGCUUUGAGAUCAAAAAGUGGAACGCCGUUGCUCUCUGGGCAUGGGAUAUUGUUGUGGAUAAUUGUGCAAUUUGUAGGAACCAUAUUAUGGAUCUAUGCAUCGAGUGCCAAGCGAACCAGGCUAGUGCCACCAGUGAGGAAUGCACUGUUGCUUGGGGGGUUUGUAACCAUGCAUUUCACUUUCACUGCAUCAGCCGGUGGCUAAAGAAUCGUCAAGUGUGUCCAUUGGAUAACAGUGAAUGGGAAUUCCAGAAGUACGGACAUUAGAAUAUUUGGCAUUUCUUCUUGAUCUUCCUGCUUCAAUGAUGUUUAGAAUACCUGGAUCCCUAUUCUGUCCUUCCACAUGAUUUACCAAUUUCAGUUGUCUAUUUUUUUGAAGCAAAUUGGCUUUAUGAUUUAAGAUUCAAAAUUUCAUAUGUAAUUGAUUGCCAUAUGUGAAGUUUAUGAGCUGCUUGAUGUGCCAGUUCCAUCCAUGCUGGUCUUGUUAAGCUGUUUCUGACCUGUGAAGCUGGCAUAUGUAAACAUUUGCAGUCAAGGUACCUAUUCAGUUUAUCACUGUAUCAACGCCCAACAGAAGGAUUACCAUGAGUAUGCAUCUGCCAAUACAAGUGGGAAUUUCUAGGCCAUUGAAUUUUUGUGGAUUGGUAUUAAAAUUGUAGCAACCUUUAGUUCAGUUAACAAUGACCACCUAUUUGAGGAUU